AACCAUCCCAUAUCAUGAUCUCGUCAACAUAGUAGUAUUAUCCAUUCUGGAUAUGUCCUAGAAGACUUUUUAGUUUCCUUAGCACCGUAGAUUUCUUUGGGAGCAAGAAAUAAACUUUUGGAAAAAAAUAAUAAUAAUAAAUGUUUUAAUAAUAUUAAAAUAUUAAAUAAACAAUAAAAAAAGACCAAAGAAAUAUGGGAGCUUGCCCACAAAAAAGGUCUAUAAAAGUUGAGAAUCCUACACAUAAGCAUUUGGGUUUUCUAGUUCUAGUGAGAGAAGCGCGGCUUACGGUUACGCGUGGAUUCAUUACGUGACAUUACUCAUUCCUCUCUCUUCUUCUUCUUCUUCCUCCUUCUCCUGCUUACUGUUUCACCGUUUAUAUCGCUUACUUGAAUCUCAAUUUCUAGGGUUAGGGUUUUGAAAUCAUCUCUCUUUUUUUGUAUAUCGUAAUAUCUAUAUAUAUAUUAUAGUGAAAUCUUAAGGUUCGGCGGGCUUACCUGGAACGCUACUCUUUACUGUCGACUGUCUACUGAAAUCUUUACCUACACAUGGCGUCUAUGGACUCAUCUAUUGUCAUCAAGGUCAAGCAUGAAGAGACACUCAGGCGAUUCAAUGCCUGUGUCUGCAAUGAGAAGCUUGAUCUUAACAUUGAUGGAUUGAGAGACAAGAUUAUUCAACUUUUCAAUUUUGCUCAUGAUGCUGAGCUCACGCUAACAUACAUUGAUGAGGAUGGCGAUGUAGUAACACUUGUUGAUGACGAGGAUCUGCAGGAUGUUAUGAGGCAGGACCUGAAUCCCUUGAGAGUAUCUGUGAGGUUGAAUGCUGCUGAAAGAAGUGGCAGACCGUCAGCUAGAUCUAGUGGAAAUUCUACUCCCUUACGAUCACCUCAGGCUCAGCCUCCACUCCUGAACUUGAAUUCCCGUGUUACUGAUGUUCUCAAGUACAUUCCAGAACCUCUGCGCGAAUCUGUGAUGAAGGUCUGUUCUGAGCUGGCUACAUCGGCCUCAUCCUCAACUCCCAUCCUUGCGGAACUUGUUGCUGCUAUGUCUGAGAUGGGACUAUCUUACAACCAAAAUGAGGCUUCAGGGCCUCAGUCUGUCGAAGAAGUUGGCUUUCAUAAUGGAAUGUCUAAUGGAAAUACUAUGUGUGCUGAUGGAGGAAAGCCAAAUGUUAAAAGCGGAGAGCCAUCCGCGAAGAAGAAUGGGUCCCUCAAAGCACUACAUGGUGCAGAACUAACAUUGAAGACAACAGAACCAAAACCCACAGCCUCCAAUGAAGCUGCAGAUGCCUCGGUCAAUCUACUAUCUAAAUCAGAAACUCUGAAAGGUGAUCAAACUGAAGCUCAGUCAUCAUCAUUCAAGUAUCCCAAGGCUCAGACAUCGCUGGUAAACAGUGAGGAGGAGAAGAAAUUUAGUGUUGUCCAUGCUGGUGGAAAGGCUGUUGGAUAUGGAUAUUGGAGUGGCUCACCUAUUCCACCUGAAAAGCCUUCUGAUGAGCAGCAUCCAAGAUCUAAGCCGGUUGAUUUGGGUUGCUCUGCAAGUUCUGGUAAAUUGAAACAAUGCAACUGGGAUGCCCCUAAUGCAGAUUCCAGCGGCAGUUCAAUCAAGAUGCCUUAUGGCAGCGUCACUCCUACACGUCUAUUUCCAUUGUUGAACACUGUGAAUGUGAUUCCCAGUAAUGCAGGUUCCAGUGGCAGUUCAAUGAAGAUCCCAUAUGAUGGCUUCAGACCUGCCGUAAAUCAUCUAGUUCAGCUGAACCCUCAGAAUGAGUGUCCGUUUUCUGGGGUACCAACAGUAAAUAACCCUAUCCCGCCUCAGAAUGUCCCUUUUGAGGUCACACUUAAAAGAAGCCAUCAUCAGAGUGAUGGGACUGGGACUAUUUUUCAUAAAGGUGUUCGCUGUGAUGGUUGUGGGGUUCAUCCGAUAACUGGCCCUAGGUUCAUAUCUAAAGUAAAGGAGAACUAUGAUCUCUGCAGCAUAUGCUUUGGUGAAAUGGGAAAUGAUGCGGAUUACAUCAGAAUGGAUCGUCCUGUAACUUACCCGCAUCCCUGGUCUUUCAAGGGUUUACAUGCUCUGCAUGGAAGGUUUCGCCCCCCAGUUGUCCCACAAGUCUGUCGAGGCUAUGGGUUGAAAGCAGGUCGGCCAAAGCUGGACAGCCGCUUCAUACAGGAUGUCAAUAUCCUGGAUGGAACCCUCAUGGCCCCCUUGACUCGCUUCACGAAGAUCUGGAGAAUGAAGAACAAUGGUAAUCUCAUCUGGCCUCAAGGAACUCAACUUGUUUGGAUUGGGGGAGAUAAAUUAAGUGAUAGAUUCUCUGUUGAAUUAGAGAUAACUACAGCUGGCUUGGCUGUUGACCAGGAACUUGAUGUAGCAGUUGAUUUUACUGCUCCUGAGCAUCCUGGUAGGUAUAUAUCCUACUGGAGGUUGGCUUCGUCCUCGGGGCAGAAAUUUGGCCAGCGUGUAUGGGUACUUAUCCAGGUUGAUGCUUUAUUAAACCUGCCAAAGAAGGGGUUGGUCCACGAGGCUUUUCAGGGGUUGAACUUGAAUUUACCUCCUGCCAGCAGUGUUAUGUCCGUCACUAGUCCUGAUAUUGUAAAUGUGAAUCCAGUGCCUCAGAAUGUCCUUCCUGAACCUAAGAAGAGCUCUAGCACAAUGGAGUUGGUUGAUUCAGUGACUGAAGUAAACCAAAACAAGGAGCAGGAGGCCAAAUUUCCUAUUAAUGAUAGCUUGUUGGUUGGUGUUGGCGACAAGUCAAGUUCUCCAUCUGCUCCUGCUUCACCAAUUUCAUAUCCAAUUAUUGAUUUAACUGAGGAAGCACCAGCGGAAUCUUCCGUGGCACCAUCAGCUGCUGUAGCUAUGAAGGCACCAUUGCAGGAUGUUGGAGGACAUAAUGAAGUUGAGAUGUCACUCCUCCAGGAGUUGGAGGAAAUGGGUUUCAAGCAGGUAGAUCUGAACAAAGAAAUCUUGAAGAAGAAUGAGUAUGAUUUGGAGCUGUCAGUUGAUGAUCUCUGUGGCGUUGAGGAGUGGGAUCCUAUGCUCGUAGAGUUGGAGGAGAUGGGUUUCUGCGAUAAAGAAAUGAACAAGCAGCUGCUUAAGAAGAAUAAUGGAAGCAUCAAGCGUGUUGUCAUGGAUCUUAUUGCUGGAGAGCAGCAGUAGAUAUUUAAUGUUUGUGCUAUAGGGUGAUGGAUAGUUUGGUAUGAAUAAAUGGUAGCAUGCAACACCAUCGUUUCAGUUUCUGUUUGUCCAGUAUGUUUUGGUGACUGCGUCUAUUAUGGUUUGACAAAAACUCUUUUUAAGUUAUGUUAGUUGAACUAGCUGUGUAAUAUAUGCUCUGGGUUGUAUCGUAUGUCUGAACAUGUGAUGUUUGGUGUUUAAUGAAUAUGAAUGUUUAUCA